UGUUUACAAAAUGUGAAUUACAUAUUCUUUAAUGGUUUUUAACUUCUCUCUUGUCAUAGUCUUGUUUUGACAUACAUGUAUCUUUUGUAUCUUUUUACUUUAACUCUUUGUCUUUGAUUCUCUGUUUACCCCACCUAUAGUUCAAUCAUUUGUGAUAAUAUUUGGGAUUAAUUAACUCUUGCAAUGGAUCUAACAUCAAAUCGUGUAUCAAUUACAUUGCAACAUUUGACUGAUCACAGUUUAAAUGAAGAAAGGCGGUGUGUGGCAGCUAAUAAUCUACUUGUUUUGGCCAAGGAGAAAGCCGGUGCCAAAUUGAUUAUUGAGUCAAAAGGACUGGAAAAAAUUCACAAGGAAAUCAGUGCAGACAAGUCGUCGAAAAUAAAUCUCUCGCUGGUGAGAGCUCUAUCUGAAAUAAGCAGACAUGACGCUGCUAACACUAUCGCAGUUUUGAAUGAAAUCAAUAUUGAAUUUAUAUUGUUACUGAUGGUUCACCAGUUUACCAACGAAGAAAGUGUCAUGGCUGUUCAAUAUUUAGUUCAGACUUUUAUUAAUAGCCUAACUGGAUUCGAUCCAAAAAAGAAUGCCCCUCCUAGGGAAAUUGCAAAUGAAGACUUGGUCACCGAAAUAAUUAUUGCGGUUGGCAAGCGAACAAGCUCUAGAGCAAUGUGUGCUGAUGGGAGAGAUACUUUGCUUGAACUUAUCUCAAGAAAUGUUGGACAAAAUGCUCUUAACCUAGGAAGUAGGUUAAUCGAAGCUGAUUGCUUAGAGAAUUUACUGGACGUAGCUGCAGAAGUUGAAGAUUUAAAAUUUGAAUCCAGUAUGAAAAUUACAAGGAGCACAAAAAGUCUGGUUGCCAUCGCUCUAGAACGAACAUACGAAUGUAUGGAUUGUGAUAAAUCAAGAGAAACAUUCAGAGAACGAUGUAUGGAUUACAUUAAAGAUAAACUGAGAGGCGGUGAUGUUGAAAACAGGAUUCGUGCUAUAUCAGUGAUAACAACACUUCUUCAGGGUCCUGUUGAAGUAGGCAAUUUCUGUAUUAGUCAACAAGGUAUAGUUGAAUUGAUGUUGGUAAUGGCCAAUUCAGAUGACGACGAGGUGCAACAGAGGAUUGCCGCUGAAGCCAUUAUUGCUGCUGCAUCAAAGAAGGAAAAAUGUACGAGCAUUGCUUCCAUGGGAUCGGGUAUACUCAAGAAACUUUAUCAAUCUCCAAAUGAAAGUAUUAAAGUUCGAGCUCUUGUUGGUUUGUGCAAAAUCGGUUCUGCUGGCGGAGCUGACGCUUCUUUUAAACCUUUCUCAGAUGAAUCUAUCCAUAAACUUGCUAAAGCGUGUAAAAAGAUUUUGGUAGAUUCAGGUAAAGACAGAGAUGUUAAAAGAUGGGCUUCCGAAGGCUUGGCUUACUUAACUCUAGAUGCGGACGUUAAAGAAGAUUUGAUUGAAGAUAAGGUUGCAAUGCGAGCUUUAAUUGAUUUGGCUAAAACAGGUGACUUAUCAUUACUUUAUGGUAUCGUUACGACUUUUGUGAAUCUGACAAACAGCCAUGACAAAAAGGAAAUCAUGCCUGAGCUGAUUGAGCUGGCGAAAUUUGCAAAACAACAUGUUCCCGAGGAGCAUGUAAAAGAUACAAAAGAGUUCAUAGAAAAAAGAGUCAAAGAAUUGGCUUCAAUGAACAUAACAUCUGCUUUGGUUGUUCUCUGUAAAACUGAAAGCAUCUCAAGUAGAGAAAUGAUUUCCCGUAUUUUCAAUGCAAUUUGUGAACAACCAGAUCUGAGAGGAAAAGUUGUCCAACAAGGAGGUGUCAAAGCCCUACUCAGUCUCUUCACUAGUAGUAAUACUGAGAGAGGAAAAAUUAUUGCUGCUCAAGCAUUGGCACGAAUCGGAAUCUCAAUGGACCCAAGAGUAUCUUUUCCUGGACAACGAACUAUUGAAGUUAUUCGUCCACUAAUGAGAUUAUUAGAUGUUGAAUGUUCUGCGUUGGAAAAUUUCGAAGCCCUAAUGGCUUUAACUAAUUUAGCUCAAAUUGAUCAAUCAACUCAACGAAGUAUAAUGAAAAAUGCUGGUUUCUCUAAAAUUGAACAUUACAUUUAUGAUGAUCAUCCAAUGUUGAAAAGAGCCUCAACUCAGUGUGUUACAAACAUGAUAACAAAUCCAGAUGUUGUGAAAAUAUUCGAGGAAGACAAUGAUCGUGUUAAAUACUGGCUUUAUAUGUGCAGUGAAGAAGAUCGAGAUACAAUUGUCGCUGCAGCUGGUGGAUUAGCAAUGUUAACUGGUGUUAGCAAGAAAUGCUGUGAAAAAAUUUUACAAGCAAAAGAUUGGGAAGAAAUUUUAAUGGUUAUUUGUUCAGCCUCUGAUUUGGAUAUUCAACAUCGAGCCUUAUUUCUAGUCAAAAAUAUUAUUUUCGUGGACAAAGCACUUGCCGAGAAAAUUAUCAAUACUAAGCUGUUCAAUGUUUUGAUGGCGAUAACUUUGCCUGAAGUCGAAAAUAUUGAGGGAAACAUCAAAAAUCUUGCUAAAGAUAUUUUACAAAAAUGUCAAUCAUAUGGUCUCAUUAAGCCGGCUGACAACUGAAAAGGAUUUAAUCAUUGAAAUAAUUUAAUACGCCUUUCUCUUCGAUCUUCCUUUAACUCAUCAACUGAUCAAGUAAUAACUUGGAAAAUUUAGUUUAACCAUGAAUUGCCUUGAAUCAUUCAAAAUUGCUGACAGUUUUGUGAAAAUUAUUUACGUUUUAUUAUUAUUCAUUAAAAUUCAAUCAGUUAAAUCAAAA